AUGGAGAAGCUGGGUUCCUCAGACCCGGCACAGUCGCCCGGUGCCAACAUGGCAGAGCGUGAGGGAGACGAGGCCGCGGCCGCUCCUUCACAACUGUGUCGCUGUGCAUUUGUGACUCGCUGGCUGCCAGCGGCCUACAGAGAGGAACUCUACCACGUCCUGAAGCUCACAGGUCCACUGGUUCUGUCUCGGGUUCUGAAUUUCCUCCUGCCGUUUGUCAUCACCAUAUUCUGUGGUCACAUUGGAAACGCAGAGCUGGCUGGAUACGCCCUGGCCUCAGCGAUCAUUAACGUGACGACCACAUCGACAGGGGUCGGUCUCUCCGUGGCCUGUGACACGCUCAUCUCUCAGACGUUCGGCGGUAAGAACAUGAAACGUGUGGGAGUGAUUCUGCAGAGGAGUUCCCUCAUCCUGCUGCUCUUCUGUCUUCCGUGCUGGGCUGUGCUCAUCAAUGCUGACAGUUUACUGCUGCUCAUGCAUCAGGAGGACGAGGUGGUGAGAAUCGCCCAGAUCUACGUGACGGCUUUCCUCCCAGCUGUUCCAGCCAUGUUCCUGCACCACCUGCAGGUCUCAUAUCUACAAAACCAAGGGAUUAUUCUUCCUCAGAUGUACACAGCAGCAGCCGCCAACGUCCUCAACGCAGGGACCAACUACUUCUUGAUCAUCAGCCUCAAGUUGGGAGUGGUUGGAUCAGCGAUCGCUAACAGCCUGACUCAAAUCUUCAUCUGCCUGCUGCUGUUUGGUUACAUCAGAUGGAAGAAGCUGCACCUGCAGACGUGGGGAGGCUGGAACACUGACUGUCUGCAGGAGUGGGGUUCCUACAUGAAGCUGGCUGUUCCCAGUGCUUUAAUGGUCUACUUUGAGUGUUGGAUUUGGGAGAUCGGCGGUUUCCUCGCUGGGGUUCUUGGAGAGGUGGAUCUGGCUGCUCAGCACAUUCUGCUGGAAAUAGGAGCCAUAACAUACAUGUUUCCUCUCGGUAUCCACGCAGCCACCUGUGUGCGUGUGGGUAACGCUCUGGGGGCCGGAAACACUGCCCGAGCCUUAGUGACCUGCAGGGUGGCUCUGGUUCUAACAGCGCUGCUCUCUGUGAUCCAGGGCGUCAUCCUCGCUGCGUCUAAGUCUUUCCUUGGUGGCAUUUUUACUUCUGACGAAAGCAUCGUGGCGCUCGUCUCAACCAACCUCACAGUCUACAUCUUUGUUCAGUUCUUUGAUGGCAUGCUGUGUGUCUGCACAGGGAUUCUCAUCGGAUCUGGGAUGCAGAAAUUUGCUGCUCUGUCCAACCUGGUGUCUUAUUACUUCGUUGCUCUGCCAGCGGGAAUCGCUCUGAUGUUUGCUGCUCAGCUCAGAAUCUUAGGUAUUUGGCUCGGCCUACUCAUCUCUGUUUGCCUUCAGACGGGAUUCUACCUCCUUCUCAUCUUCAAACUCAACUGGAAAAAAGUCACACGCAAGGCUCAGCAGCGAGCAGGGAGAACCGUAGCAGUGAUGUUGAAGCGUCCGGUCAGUGCGUCGCUGAGUGAAGCCGCGGUGCCUGAUGUCUCUGACUGCGUCUCCACACCACAGCUGGACGGUGAAGUGGUUCCUCAGGCUGACGGUUACUGUCCAGUCAACACUCAGGAUCAGGGGCUGAAGGCGGGUCACGGCGCCGAGGGCAACAACACGAGUGCAGAAAGCACCAAAGAGGAUGGUGAGCAGAGCAAACCUGAGGCUCUUCUGUCCGUCACUCAGCUGAUCCUGCGUCGUGGACUCACUCUCCUGGCUUUGAUUCUUGCUUUGCUCGUGGGCGUCGCUUUCCACGUCGCUUUCCCUGCACCAGAGCUGUCUGCUCACAGCAGGGCCAACUUCACCCUGACCUGGGCAAAUGUCUCCAACCCGACUCAGUCAGCUUAUCUGGACCUGACCCCUGACCCCUGA